AUGAAGGUCUCUGGUUCUGGCUCUGAUCGGCUGUGUUUUGUGCAGAUCGAGGCCCUGAAGGUCUUCAGUCAGGGGGAGCUGGUCUCCUGGUUCAUGGAGCACAGAAACGGCAGCAGUAGGAGGCUCAGCGUGCACGUGGUCGGUUUCGGCGUGGAAGAGAACGACCCGCCUGAGCAGAGUGUCUGCUGCAGCCAGGACAGCCCCGACUCCCCCCCCUCCUCCUCGGCAUACGGGGAGGUGAGCGAGCUGAACUUCCUGCCUGCCUCCUCGCCGGCGCUCCAGGACGUCACGCUCAUCUCAGACAUCAGAGCGUUCACCUCAUCCCUCCCCCUCCACCCAUACCACAAAAUCCUCAGCUAGGUCCGGACGGACGGUGAAGGUGAAGAACGCCUCGUUCACUCUGUCAGUGUGUCGGGGAAAAUAAAGUUACCAUUGAAACA